AUGACUACUUUCCCAUAUUUAAUUUCCUUAAUAAUCAUCCUCGUAUCACUACGUAAAACAAAAACCCAAGAUUUCACAUGUGGAACAAUAUCAUGCGAAACCUUUGGACUUCCAAUCCGGUUUCCGUUUUCAACAAACCAACCAAAUCAAAUCAACCUAUGUAGUUACCCCGGUUUCGAACUCACCUGUAGCAACACCAGCAGCAACACCACCACCAGCACCAUCUUCAGUGAACCGUUACUCACUCUUCCAAACUCCGAAACCUUUGUGCUAAAACACAUCUCUUUCACCGAUCAAACAGUUUGGAUCAACGAUCCCAACAAGUGUCUUCCCAAACGUUUCAUGUCUCACCGUCAUCAUCAUGACUUCAUGCUAAACCUUAAAGAUUCGCCGUUUCGGUUAAGUGAUGAUUACACUUUUGUUAAUGUUUCGUUUCUAAAAUGUCCUUCUAAUUCAUCUCUGUCAUCUAUGGUACCGCCCAUGAGUUGUUUGAACGUUGAUUAUCUGGUUGUGGCUAUAAGGUCUGAUCCUCCGUUUGGUACUCCAUGGGUGUCUUUGUGUGAGUUUAUCACGUCGGCUAUGAUACCGGUUGAAGAUACGAAUUGGUUGUUCUGGAAUGAUCAUUACUCGAAUAUAGCGUUGCAGUGGGAUGAUCCAGAUUGUGGAAGCUGUGAAGAACGUGGAGGAAGAUGUGGUUUGGUUGGAGAAGAUGUUCUUCGUCUUGAUUGUUAUGGUCUUCCUACUCAAGAUAUAGGUCUAUCAAAGAAAGUGAAGUAUGGUUUAAGUAUGGGUCUAGCAAUACCUGCACUCCUAGGUAUUAUUGUUCUUACAUGGAUGUUAUGGAACAACAAGAGCACAAGUACUCAAGCACAACAACAACGUCAAACAGGAACUGAAUUUUCAACUAUGGUUAUGCCUCACCCUCCAGUUUUUGUUAUGGGCCUUGAUAGAGCAACGAUUGAAAAAUAUCCUAUAACUCAACUUGGUGAAAGUGGAAGAUUGCCUAGGCCUAAUGACAAUAUAUGCUCUAUAUGUCUUUGUGAGUAUCAACCAAAUGAAGUAUUGAGAACCAUUCCUGAGUGUAAUCAUUAUUUUCAUGCUAAUUGUAUAGAUGGAUGGCUCAAAACAAAUGCUACUUGCCCUUUGUGUAGAAAUUUUCCAGAGAUGUCUAAUUCGUUUGCAUCGGUUUUGCCUGUAUCUCCAACUUCAUAA